UGUUUAUCUCAAUUAGUUAAUUAAUUUCUCUUGGUGCAAAUUGAGUGUCUCUUUUAUUGUUAACCUUUUGUGUAGACUGAUUGUUAAUAUAAAUAAAUUGAAUUAGAACUACUUGUUAUUCUUAUAACUUUCACUCUAUCAAGAUGAACCUCCUAUCCAAAGUUGGUGCCGUCGCUUUGCCCAAUUUGAUUGGAUGGGCUGGAUCCAAUUUCACUCGGGCAGCGAUUCCGACCUGGUAUGAGAAACUGAAGAGACCUUCAUGGCGACCACCUAAUAUCGCUUUCCCAAUCGUUUGGACUGCUCUUUACACCACCAUGGGUGCAGCCUCAUACCUCAUCUAUCGCGAUGGUGGUGGAUUCAAUGGACCAGCGAGAUUACCGUUGACAGUUUAUGGUGUUAAUCUAAUUCUUAAUGGUCUUUGGACUCCUCUCUUUUUCGGUGCUAAACGAAUCGACCUCGCUCUGGCCGAUAUCUUAGCUCUAAUUGGAGUUAUUGGUGGUUGUGUUGCGACCUUUUAUCCCGUCAAUAAAACCGCUGCUUACAUGAUGAUUCCAUACCUUUUAUGGACCAGUUUUGCUUCUUUACUUAAUUUCAAAAUUUGGCUUGAUAAUCCAAGUGGUGGAGUAAAUUCAACUGACAAUUCAACCGCCGAUAAAGCAAAUUAAUUCAAUUUAAUGUUGGAACAAGAAAAACGAAAAUUUCAAACAUUUUCCUAAAUGUAUUUUCUUUAAGGAAGAAAAAAAAAGAAUAUUAUUGAAGAGAUUUUAUCUUCAUUUUAA